CUCUGGUGCUUAGGCAGAGAGCGGAGGACGGCCAUUUGGAUACUUCUCUUACAUGAGCACGUAGUGGUCUCACUUCAACGAACAAAAUGACAUCGGGUGCACAACCAACAGCUGCAGAAUUCAAGAUGAACAAGCUGCAAGAAGGGCUGCAACAGCAACGGAAAAUUGUAGAGCAGCUGCGCCUGGAAGCUGCCAUUAACCGGAUGCGAGUGUCCGAGUGCAUAGAAGAUAUCAAGAAAUUCACGGACACGCGUCUAGAGGAGGAUUAUUUAAUUAAAGGCUUCCCUCGACCUGGUGACAACCCGUUUAAAGAGAAAGGCAGCUGUACAAUAUUGUAAGGGUGACCAUUUAGUGUUCCUACUUACGAACACUCACUUACGCACACACACACACACACACACACAUACAUACAAACAUGCAUACACACACUCAGAUAUACAUACACGCAUAUGCAUACAAGUAUUCAAUAUACAUUGAUAAGUUGUCUACCAAAAUAUUUGCAUCGUUAAAAAAAAUUUUAAAUGAAACCAAAAAAGAAAAGAGUAAAAAAGAUUUAAAUAAAAAUCAAUCCCCCAAAAAUAUUUUAUUAUGAUGCAAAUAGAAAAUGAAGAUAACAAAAAAAAAGGUUUCUAAAAGGCGUCAAGGCUUUGGGUUUAGUCUAAACCCACGGGAGCCAAAUCACCCUCUCCUCACUUGAGAAUAUUAAGAGACAACUCUUACAAAAGGUAACAUUCAUUUUGUAUCAUGGAAAAAUAAAAAAAAAAAUUAAAAUAAGAAGAAAAAAAACAAAGAACCAUUAAUGGAACAGAACCUUAACUUCUAAAAUGCCACUCGUCAAUGUUUGUUAUAGGUGCAACACUGUCGGUCACGUUUAUUGGGGAAAAGUCUAUUCGGUCAAAUGCCAUUGGCCAUAUCUUGGAUAUAAAGCUAUUCUCAAGAUAUCUCAGCGAUAAAAUGCAAAUGCCAUUGGUCAGUGUUUUGCUUCUACUGAAAUGUCAUUGGCCAAGUGUUUUGUCUGCUGAAAUGCCAUUGGUUAAAUUUUUUUUAUUAUUAUUAUUUUUUUUUUUUUUUGGUUUCCCUGCUGUGAUGCCAUUGGAAGCAGUCUUUGUUUAAAAUUGCCCAUUGGCCAGUGUUUCGUUUCUGCUGUAAUGUCAUUGGUUAGUGUUAUUUCUUGCUGAGUUCUCUCCCAUCGGUGAACCCUGGCUUGAAAUGUUGUUGGCUAGUGUUUCGUUACAGCAGAAAUGAGUGAAAUAUUUAAAUUAAAAGAAUGAAAAAGAAAAAAAAA